AUGAGUUCAUUAAUAUUAAAUCAUCUACAACAACAGCAAGUAUUUAAUAAAAAAUCAUUUAAUGAGAUAAUGAAUGAAGAAAUUUAUCACAUACCAACAAACAACAACCAACCAACAAUCAAUAAUAGUAGUGGUAAUAGUAUUAAUAACAAUAACAAUAACAUUAACAAUAACAUUAACAAUAAUAAUAACAAUAAUAAUAAUAAUACUAAUAAUAAUAAUAAUAAUAAUUAUAAUAAUUAUAUUAUCCAAAGUUCAAACUCUUCUCCAACUUUAUCAUAUUCCAAUAAUCUCAGUAGGAUAUUAAAUAUACCUGAAUCAUUUAUAGAUCAAUUAACUACAAGUCAAAAAUCUCAACAAUUACAACAACAAUCACAACUGCAACAACAAUCACAAUCACAGUCACAAUCACAAUCACAAUCACAAUCACAAUCACAAUCACAAUCACAAUCACAAUCACCUAAAAAUCACUAUGAACAAAUACAUUUUGAUUCAAUACCCAAUUUACUGUUAGAUAAUCAAGAAACCACCAAUAUAUAUCCAUUCGCUGACUAUACAAACUCAUUUAUGAAUCAACAACAACAACAACAACAACAAUCUAUUAGACAAAUGUCAAUUUCUCCACCACCUCCAUUACCUCAGGGGUUUCCAAGUAGGUCAAGAAGAAGAAGAAUUACAUUAAUUGAUGAACCAAAUUCAAAUUCAAAAAAGAAAAAUAUCAUGGAUGAUUCUGAUGAUUAUUUAUUAAAUACAAAUAUAUCACCAGGUAAUAUAAUAUCUCAAAAUGAAUUUGAUUAUUAUAAUGGAUCAAGUUCUUUAUAUAUUCCACCUUCAAGUACUGAUGAAUCACAAAUUCAAUUUUUUAAUAAUAAUAAUAAUAAUAAUAAUGAUAAUGAAGUUAUUCCAGGAUUUGAACAAGAUUAUUUAUAUUUAGAUGAUGAUGAACCAAUUGAAGAAGAUUUAUCAGAUGAUGAAGAAGAUGAAGAUGAAGGGAAAUAUUUUCAUGUAGAUGAUGAAUUUGAUCAAUUUAUAAUGAAUAAUAAUAAUUUUAAUAAUUUUAAUAAUUUUAAUCAAGAUACUAUUAAUUUUAAUGAUUAUACUACAAUUGAACAACAACCACCUAUUGAUUUUAAAGAAGUUUCACCAAUGGAAAUUCAAGAACAAGAACACGAAAUAAUAUCACCGUCAAACAUAAAUGAAGAAGAUUUACCUGAUUUGGAAAUGGAUUUGGGAGUACAAGAAGAACAUUCAGAAAUGAUAUCAACACUAAACAUAAAUGAAGAUUUACCUGAUUUGGAAGUGGCUCCGCGCGUGACUAUUUCAAUUCCUAAACCUAGAUCAAGAAGAACCCCAGUGACAGGUAUCUCAGGUGCUGAAAUUUCAUUAACUAAUCCUGAUCAUCAAUGUAAUUUGAAGAAUCCAACUACUGGUAAACCUUGUAAUAAAAAAUUUUCAAGACCUUAUGAUUUGAUAAGACAUCAAAAUACUAUACAUGCAACAUUAAAGAAGAUAUAUAGGUGUGUGAUUUGUGAAGGUAGAUAUAAAGGAGGUACUGGAAAUGGUAAAGAAAAGACAUUUAGUAGAAGUGAUGCAUUAAGUCGACAUAUUAAAAUUAAACAUAAUAUAGUUGGUGAAGAAGCAUUGGAAUUGGUUAAUGAUGCAAAGGAGAAAGUCGAAUUAGUACCAGUGUAA